AAGGUUUUAGGUAGAAAAAUGAAGACCAAAUCUCUCCUAACAGCACUGGAUCUGAGAGGGCCCAAAUAGGAGAGAGCCAAGGUUAGUGCGAGCAAUACAACCAAUACCCUCUGAAGCAGAAUCUAAAGGCAGAGCAGCAGCACCAGCAAUGGUAAUGAGAGGGGAAGACGUGUUGGAAGGAACUAAACUCCUUCACAUUGACACAUGUCAAAUAGCGCUUAAUAAGCUGGUCAUCCAUACAUGCCUAGCACUACUCUCGCACUUCCAAUGGUGUCUAUUUCAUCUUGUCCCUUCAAUUCAUAAAUGGAGAUAGUUGUAUGCUUCCAAGACAAGGAAACGGUUUCUUUUCCCUUUGAUUCCAGAAGAAUAGAAAUCAGCUGCUACGCACUAGAGUAACCCCAAGAAAAAUAAUGGCAGACAAAGAACAAGAUGGCACCCUUGAGGAUUCUGAGCAUUCCAUGCCAUCAACAGAAGAAGAGGAGGAAGCAAUGAAGAAAAAGUAUGGAGGAAUUGUGCCCAAGAAGCCACCACUAAUUUCUAAGGACCAUGAGCGUGCUUUUUUUGAUUCGGCUGAUUGGGCACUUGGGAAGCAAGGAGCAUCUGGAGAGAAGCCUAAGGAAUCACCUGAAUCUCUUCCGCCUAAAUUGGAGCCCACACAACAACAAGCACGAUCCCGAAAGUCUUCUUAUGCUCCUGUAGAUGGUGAAGAUGGCAGUAAUGCUUCUGAGGAUGUGGCUAGUGAAUGAGAGAUAGAUGGUGCCGUUUCUUCAACUUAUUCUUUUAUAUCUACAAAACCUAGUAGGUGCUCUGGAUUGUAUCUCUAAUUAUAUGGGAGUUUUUCUGCUUAGCACUUUCAUUUCUAAUGGUUUUCUAUCAAGUAAAUUGUAUGAGAAAUGAAAUGAGAGCCUCUUUUAGCAGUAUAAGAUUGGAGUUCCCAGAUAAAUUUAAAUUAAAACCAAUGUGUGUGGACUUGUCUAGACCA